CAGUUCUCAAUGGAACGGCGGACUGUGUUGUAUCUUAGCAAUAUGGCUACGUGUCGAGUGUUCUUGUAGCGUGUUUGGGGCACGAUCGUACUAAGUAUUACCCGCGGGUUUAACAAUCGUUUAAUAAGACGGCAUCGAUCGACUUACUGAUCAUGAACGUGUCAACGACUAGCAAAUGGGAUUUGUCCCGGGAGGACAUCAAAAGUGCGGCAAAGGAUGAAAAGGAGUUGCUAUUGGAGCACGACAGCGAUCCGGAUGAAAAUAUGCUGUUCAAUCAACCAAGUACGUCCGCAGAAACUAAAGUGGAUGGGAAGAUGGAUAAUGUUAGGCUGCAAAUUCAGGAAGUCACGGAGGUGAUGCGGGAGAACGUUCAGAAGGUAAUGGAGCGUGGAGAGAGGCUGGAGGAUCUACAAGAAGUUAGCGAUCGACUGAGUAUGGUUGGAAACGAAUUUAGAGCGGCAGCGAAGAAAGCUCAACAGAGGGCGUGGUUGCAGAACUUUAAAACAAGGAUCGUUCUCGUCACUAUCACGGUGACCGUCGUCGUCUGUAUCAUUGUUACAGCGAGAACGAUGGCGCAUUGGCGUGUCGUUUACACUCGAGGGGCUAUUGCACGCAGAAAAUGCGUAAUCGUGCAAACAUCAUUUGCAAAAUUUUCUCGUCGAAAGAUAAACAGGCCGAGCGGCACGGCCUUGUCCGCCAACGAGUGCUGGAUGCCAGCGUUUACAUUCCAUUAAGCGCUGGUCUAUCGCGACUCGAAGAGUAACCGUCUCAUUUGCCCUGUGUCGGAGUGCUCUACCCGAUGCAGUUUCCUACGAGACUACAUCUAUUUUUAUAUUAUUUCCGAUUCAAUGAAAAUUUUUUGUUAAAAAAUAUAAAAAAUAUAAAUAUAAAAUAUAAAAAAAUUAAAAAU